AUGCAGAAACCAGACGAACGAAAAGCCAACGCCGUGGCAGAUUUGGAACGACGACUCGCCAUGUUGGGAAGUAUGGAUGAACCAGCAGCUGCUCCUUCAUCACCAAGUAUGCCACCACCCGCACCAACCACGGCUCCCAUACCUCCACCACCUCCAGCCUAUAAUGCGGCAACCAUCAACAAUAACAAUAACAACGACAACGACAACACGGAUGCAUCAACGACAACAUCAGCGCCAGCACCAGCGUCAUCAUCAAGAAGUGGAAAGGAGGCCUUGAUGGCCCGCAUUCAAGCUGCCAAAGAAAAGGCUAUUAAGGAAAAGGCAGCACUCAAGGCACCACCACCACCAUCACCACCAGCCUACAAUGCCGCUCCAUCACCUCCCUCCAUGCCCAUGGCACCACCAUCCUACUCGGCACCACUACCACAAGCACCACCCAGUUAUAAUAACAACAAUGCACCCCUACCACCGCCGCCCAGUUAUGAUAACAAUGCACCACCGCCGCCGCCACCACCGCCCAGUUACAAUGCCAUGCCACCACCGCCGCCACCUAUGCCAUCCUCCUCCCCACCUGCCUUUGAUUCCAGCAUGGCCUUUCCACCUCCUCCUCCCAUGGAGGCAGUCGCACCACCACCACCCAUGCCGUCCUACAUGAUGGCUCCACCUGCGGCAUCGGCACCCUCGUUUGAAUCCAUUUACGAGCCACCACCUCAAGAAGAUGAACCACCACAAAAUCACUAUGCCGACUUGCAAGCCUUGCCACCACCACCAUCCGCUGCGGCGGCGGCACCGGAAAUGACCUUGGAUGCCGACAUUUUGGCAGCCUUGGAUCCUGCCGAACGCGAACAAAUUUUACAAGAACAACGAGAAAUGUUGGCUCAAUUUGAAUCUUCCUCCAACAAGAAGAAGCCUAGUAGUGCCGCUGCUGCUUCUUCUUCAAGUCAACAAGAUUUUGAUGUUCAAGAGGCCAUGGCGCAAUUUGAACAAAUGGAUGCUCAAUUGGCGGCGGAUGCGGCGAUUGCGGAAGAGCUACAGAAAAAGGAAUAUGGAAAGGCAUCGAAUGAUCGAGCAAUUGCGGCCAAACAAGAAAAGAAAGCCAAAUCGGAAUCCCAGUCGUGGCUCGAAUGGAUGACGGGCAAGGACAAGGAAGCGGAAAGUAGUAGUCCUAGCAGCAGCAAGCUCAAGAGUCGAUCGUCGUCGUCCUCCGACUAUCCCGCCAAUACUACUACUACUACUUCAAGUGGUAAUAGUGCCAGCAGAGCAGCACCACGAUUGUUGGUGGCGGCUCAAACGGGAGACGAAUCUCCCAUGGUACCGGCCAACAAUACGGGUUCCUCCAAACCGCAAGGUUUGUUUGCGUCGGCCUUUGGAAAAUCGGAAGAAGACACGAGCAGUAUGGUGGCAGUCCCACAAUUUUCAAGACAACGGAAUUAA